AUGUUUUUCAAAGAGGAAAUCUUGAGUGCGUCGUGCGCUGUUAGCGGCGCCAGCAGCCAUUUUCGGGUAAGUGUGUCCGGGGAAGUGUGUCAACUAAGUAUAUCCAGCCUGACGGUCUCAGCGCUCAACUCCGAGGGCGCCGGUGUCAGCCCUGAGGCGCUGGUAUCGGCCCUGAGGCUCUGGUCCCUGAGGCGCCGGUGUCAGCCCACAGGCGCCGGAGUCAGCCCAGAGGCGCCGGUGUCAGCCCUGAGGCGCUGGUGUCAGCCCAGAGGCGCCGGAGUCAGCCCAGAGGCGCCGGUGUCAGCCCAGAGGCGCCGGUGUCAGCCCAGAGGCGCUGGUGUCAGCCCAGAGACGUCAGUGUCAGCCCAGAGGCGCCUUAGUCACCCCAGAGGUGCCGGUGUCAGCCCAGAGGCGCCGGAGUCAGCCCAGAGGCGCCGGAGUCAGCCCAGAGGCGCCGGAGUCAGCCCAGAGGCGCCGGUGUCAGCCCAGAGGCGCCGGUGUCAGCCCAGAGGCGCCGGAGUCAGCCCAGAGGCGCCGGAGUCAGCCCAGAGGCGCCGGAGUCAGCCCAGAGGCGCCGGAGUCAGCCCAGAGGCGCCGGAGUCAGCCCAGAGGCGCCGGUGUCAGCCCAGAGGCGCCGGAGUCAGCCCAGAGGCGCCGGAGUCAGCCCAGAGGCGCCGGAGUCAGCCCAGAGGCGUUCCCAGAGGCGCCGGAGUCAGCCCAGAGGCGCCGGAGUCAGCCCAGAGGCGCCGGGUCAGCCCAGAGGCGCCGGAGUCAGCCCAGAGGCGCCGGAGUCAGCCCAGAGGCGCCGGAGUCAGCCCAGAGGCGCCGGAGUCAGCCCAGAGGCGCCGGAGUCAGCCCAGAGGCGCCGGAGUCAGCCCAGAGGCGCCGGAGUCAGCCCAGAGGCGCGGAGUCAGCCCAGAGGCGCCGGAGUCAGCCCAGAGGCGCCGGAGUCAGCCCAGAGGCGCCGGAGUCAGCCCAGAGGCGCCGGAGUCAGCCCAGAGGCGCCGGAGUCAGCCCAGAGGCGCCGGAGUCAGCCCAGAGGCGCCGGAGUCAGCCCAGAGGCGCCGGAGUCAGCCCAGAGGCGCCGGAGUCAGCCCAGAGGCGCCGGAGUCAGCCCAGAGGCGCCGGAGUCAGCCCAGAGGCGCCGGAGUCAGCCCAGAGGCGCCGGAGUCAGCCCAGAGGCGCCGGAGUCAGCCCAGAGGCGCCGGAGUCAGCCCAGAGGCGCCGGAGUCAGCCCAGAGGCGCCGGAGUCAGCCCAGAGGCGCCGGAGUCAGCCCAGAGGCGCCGGAGUCAGCCCAGAGGCGCCGGAGUCAGCCCAGAGGCGCCGGAGUCAGCCCAGAGGCGCCGGAGUCAGCCCAGAGGCGCCGGAGUCAGCCCAGAGGCGCCGGAGUCAGCCCAGAGGCGCCGGAGUCAGCCCAGAGGCGCCGGAGUCAGCCCAGAGGCGCCGGAGUCAGCCCAGAGGUGCUGGUGUCAGCCCUGAGGCGCUGGUGUCAGCCCUGA